GUAUUAUUUUGAACUAAUGAACUUAUGAACUAAUAUUUUGAAAAAUAUUAUUUAAACAAUAAUAAUCACCAAGCAACUUACAGAGGGCUUAUUUGUGGAGCAUCCCAAGACCUUCUUUUCAGAGUUUUGAUAGCUUCUCUUACAAGGUCUUCAGCAUGUCAGAACCAGAAGCUCCUCCAGCCACAGGACUCCAGAUAGACGAUCAACCAUUUCCAGUUCCGCCACCUUUGAAUCAGUCUGAACCACUUUAUGAAGAUGUCCAGGAUCAGGACGAACAUAUAUACAUGUGUCCUGAUCCAGUUCCGCCACCUGCUGUGCUUCAGCUAGAGAAUCAACCACCUCCAGUUCAGCCAGUAAUGAAUCCGUCUCCAAUUAAUGCAGCCCCUUACCUGAUUCAGCCGUAUAAAGGUUAUCCUGUCCAAUACGUCCUUCCAAAUUCAAUGCCUGAGCAAGGACAGUGCAUAUCUGCUUAUCCCAUGGGAGGUUAUGGAGUACCAGAGCAGGUUCCUCAACCUGCAGAACUCCAGCUAGGCAGUCAUCCACUUCCAGUUCAGACGGUCUUGACUCAGUCUAGUCCAAGUACUUCAGCACCUCAUCAGGUUCACGCAUAUGCAGCACCUCCAGCUGUAGAACUUCAGUCAGAGAAUCAACCAACUCCAGUUCAGCCAGUCUUGAAUCAGUCUGAUCCAAGUGAUCCAGCAUCUCACCAGGCUCAGCCAUAUGCAGCACCUGCAGUUCCACCACUAGUUUUAUUUAAUGGAGUACCACCCGGUCUCGAGUACCUCACUCAGGUCGACCAGAUACUUAUUCACCAAAAAACAGCGUGUAUAAAAAUACUCACUCGCUUUGAGACUAACAACGAGUAUGAGAUCAAGAACAGCACUGGGCAAGAGAUCUACCACGCCAAAGAAGAGAGUGACUGCUUAGUACACAAUAUCUUUGGUCCGGCACGUGCUUUUAAAAUGCAUAUUACAAACCACAUGGAUCAAGAGAUCAUUCAGAUGCACAGACCAAUGCGCUGCUUCCUCUCUGAGGUUGAGGUACAGGCUCCCCCUGGAGUAACCAUAGGCUAUGUGAAACAGGAGUGGUCCUUUUCACCAAAAUUCUCCAUCCUGGGCCCCAAUAAUGAGAUGCUACUGAGGAUCCAGGGCCCCUUCCUUCCAUUCAAAUGCUGUGAUGACAUAGACUUUGAGGUAAAAGGCAUGAUUGGUGAACAGUCUAUUGGUCGAAUCACAAAACAGCAGAGUGAUUUAAUAAAGACAUGCAUCACCGAUGCCAGCAGUUUUUUUAUACAGUUCCCUAUGGACAUGGAUGUUAAAAUGAAGGCUAUACUUUUGGGUGCUUGCCUUUUUAUUGACAUCUUGUGCUUUGACAAAAGUGGACAUUUACUUUUUAAGUUAAUAAGGGGUUCAUGAAAUGCCUUACCAUUUUUGACCUCCUGACUGAAAAUGAGUUUUAGGGGUGCUUGCUGAUUGUUGUCUGAAAGUUGUCUUCCUAUCAACCACAGGAUUGUGACUCGUUACCCAUUCACGAAGUUAUUGAUUUACAUUAGCUUGCACUAUGUUGUGUGUAAAAAGUCACUUCCCUGUCAUUGCCUCUGCAGAUCCAGUAUGGAGUCUGUAAGGAUUAAUAAGGACCUGAAGCAAAUCCAAGUUUUAUGCAGAUGAUUUGAUAUGAUUUGAUUUGAUUUGAUUUGAGGGAGUUUGCUUUUCAGAAAACUGCUUUUCUCUUUUCUCCCUAAGUCAUAUGCAGGUGGCCUGAGUGAGAGUGUGGUAUGUGACAGUGUACAUACUCAUAGAUGAAGAAACCUACACAUAAAUGAACUUAUGGGGCCUUUUCUGUUCCUUUGAAUGGAAUAUUCUUCAGUUCUACAUUCCUCUUUAGUGACUUUCAGCACACAUGCACUGAAAAUACUGAACAAUGUGUUUUCCAUAACUGUGUAGUUUUACUAACUAUUAUUCGGCUGUGACACUUCAAAAUGUCAGUUUCUGUUGCCACUCUUUUUUCCUCUCUCUCUCUCUCUCUCUCUAGACAAAACUGACAAUUGUAUACUGCUGCUUGUGUGAAUAUAUAUAGUCAGUUAAAUAGUUAUAUAGAUAUGGAUUUUAGUUUAAAGGACUGCUAACAUGGUUUUGUUUAGUUGCUGCUUGUGCAUUUUUCAGGUUUCACAUUUAUAGGAUUUCUUUGGCCAACACAAAAACUAAAAUGUGGGCUCAUUUUAAAACACAGAUUUGAAACAAUAUUAGACCAGUUUAUGAACUAUUUUCAGAACAAAAUCACAGAAAAACUAAUGUGUUUUACCACAGCAUUCUAUGAACCAUCAAGACUAAAGCAUCCAGCUGAGAUAUCUCUUUGUAUAUCACUGUAGGUACUCUUUAGAAACAGAAAAAAUGUUUAGGCUUUUAUGCCUACCGGAACAAAAGGUUGCACAUUAAACCAUGCAAUCAGGACCCAGUAGAAUCAUGUUAAACAGUC